ACUGUUGAUCUUGUCCAAGCAUCCAAGACUAAGCGGUAAUAAUUGCAGACUUCCCGUCAAAGGGCAUCCUUUGCUCUCGGAUUCAAUGAAGACAUCGAAAGAAAAAGGCAAAAAGGACACAGAACCUUCUUCUCUUCAGAUUUUGUUCUCUCGCUCUCUCGCUCUUUCUCUCCCCUCACUCCCCACCCUGUUUAGAAUUCAGUGGCCUGUCCAACUCAGUCUCUUCGCCCUUUUAAAAUAAUCAGAUUCCUGUCUCGAAAACAGAUAAAGAAAGAUAUACAGGUGGGUUAAAUUUUUGCUUUUGUGCGCUUGCUCGGAGCAGGGCAAUCUCCAUUUCGCUCUUCCCUCGAUUGGGUUCCUCUAGAGACAGGGAUGGCAUGCGGAUCUGCUUUAAUGUUCGCCUGGGCUUGCCACUGCUGUGAUCGCUUCAGUUGAUAUUAUAAAGAUGGAACUCUCUCUUGCUCUUUUGGCUUUGGCUUGCUUGCAGUCUUUUGUCUUAUCGGAUUAUCAAGGAGAUGCACUUUACUCAUUGAAAAAUUCAUUAAAUGCAUCAAACAGUCAGCUCACAGACUGGAAUCCAAACCAAGUUAAUCCUUGCACUUGGUCUAACGUCAUUUGUGAUUCAAAUAACAACAAUGUCAUUUCUGUAACAUUGUCAUCAAUGAACUUUUCAGGUACAUUGUCCCCCAAACUUGGAGUGCUGAAGACACUCUCUACCCUUACAUUGCAAGGGAAUGGCAUAACUGGCGAGAUACCUGAAGAGUUUGGAAAUUUGACAAGUUUGACCAACUUGGAUCUGGAGAACAAUCAUUUGACUGGUCAAAUACCAUCUUCCCUUGGGAAUCUACAAAAGCUUCAAUUUUUGUCUUUAAGUCAAAAUAAUCUCAGUGGAACCAUUCCCGAGUCACUUUCUGCUCUUCAUAACUUGAUCAAUCUCCAGCUUGCCUCCAACAACCUUCAAGGUCAAAUUCCUGCUCGCUUAUUCCAAGUUCCGAAAUACAACUUUUCUGCUAACAACUUGACUUGUGGCAUUAAUCUACCUCAUUCAUGUGCCUCUGAUAGCAGUGAUUCGGGUUCUUCGCAUAAGCCGAAAGUUGGAAUUAUAGUUGGUAUAGUUGGAGGGCUUUUUAUUCUCCUCCUUGUCACUCUGGUGUUCUUUCUAUAUAAGGGUCGACACAAAGGCUAUAAACGUGAAGUAUUUGUCGAUGUCGCAGGUGAAGUAGACCGGCGAAUUGCAUUUGGCCAGUUAAAACGAUUUUCAUGGAGGGAAUUGCAGCUUGCAACAGAGAACUUCAGUGAGAAAAAUGUCCUCGGUCAGGGAGGUUUUGGGAAAGUCUACAAAGGAGUGCUUGCUGAUAAUACGAAAAUUGCUGUGAAGCGAUUAACUGAUUUCGAGAGUCCUGGUGGAGAUGCAGCUUUUCAACGUGAAGUCGAAAUGAUAAGUGUUGCAGUUCAUAGGAAUCUUUUGAGGUUGAUUGGAUUCUGCACAACACCUACAGAGCGCUUGCUGGUGUAUCCCUUCAUGCAAAACUUAAGUGUUGCCUAUCGGCUUCGAGAGAUCAAACCUGGGGAGCCUGUUUUGGAUUGGCCCAGAAGAAAACGGGUAGCCUUAGGUGCUGCACGUGGUCUGGAGUAUCUUCACGAACACUGCAAUCCCAAGAUUAUCCAUCGGGAUGUAAAGGCUGCUAAUGUUUUACUUGAUGAGGAUUUUGAAGCCGUUGUGGGUGAUUUCGGCCUUGCAAAAUUAGUUGACGUGAGACAGACUAAUGUUACCACUCAAGUUCGUGGGACAAUGGGCCAUAUUGCGCCAGAAUAUUUGUCGACUGGGAAGUCCUCAGAGAGGACUGACGUUUUUGGUUAUGGAAUUAUGCUUUUAGAGCUGGUAACAGGUCAACGUGCAAUUGACUUCUCACGUCUAGAAGAAGAAGAUGAUGUGCUACUGCUUGACCAUGUCAAGAAGCUGGAGAGGGAGAAACGGCUUGAUGCUAUUGUAGACCGUAACUUAGGUAGGAACUACAACAUGCAAGAGGUGGAGAUGAUGAUACAGGUGGCUCUUCUUUGUACGCAAGCAUCGCCGGAGGACCGUCCGGCGAUGUCGGAGGUUGUUCGGAUGCUGGAGGGCGAGGGGCUGGCCGAGAGGUGGGAGGAGUGGCAGAAUGUCGAAGUCACUCGAAGGCAAGAGUAUGAGAGGAUGCAGAGAAGAUUCGAUUGGGGAGAAGACUCCGUGUAUAAUCAAGACGCGAUGGAGCUCUCCGGUGGAAGAUGAGGCGAACUGUUCUUUACCCUCCUUUUGAUAGCAUCCCUUUCUCUUUUCCUAGCCGUGCUUCCAUAAGUUCUUGUUUCAUUGUGUUUGCAAUGUACAGAUUGGAAGACGUGACCAAUAGCAGUUUUUGUGUUCUUGGUUUUGUGUUUCUGUGCUAGUAAUUUCUAUGCCAUUGACAAUGCUAAGGUAAUAGUGAUUUUUCUAUAUGAAUGACAGUACUCGGUUUGAGAAAAUGGAACUGCGAAUAUUUCUCGUUUUUA